AUGAAGACCGAAUUUGACAAAAUCGCGGAGGAGGCUGGGAAUGCUGAGCUCGAGGCUUGGGCUGCUAAAGUAAAAGCCGCGAACGAAGAGAUAGUCGCUUUUGUAGGUCAGAAGCUGAGGACCAAUGUUCCGGGAGAAUUCGUCCGAUAUCUCCAAGGUUCAUACAAUGUCAAUCUUGUCAUAAGAUUCGGCGAAGAAGACAUCGUCAUCGUACGUUUCCCGAAGCGAGGAAUAACUGCUGCUAGAUUUCUCGAGGAAAAGGUCAAGAAUGAAGUUCGGUUUCUAGAGUAUCUGGCUGAAAAGACUGCCAUACCUGUUCCCAAGAUACGCGACUGGGGCAUGACUAAAGACAGUCCGUCCCAGCUUGGUCCAUAUAUUAUCAUGGACUAUAUCGAGGGCUCAGAGCUGGAGACAAUCUUGCGACAGCUUCAAGACGACAAUAACGAAGCAGAAGUCGAUCUUGUUUACGAGCAGAUAGCCGACUACAUGCUGCAGGUCUCCCGACUGCACUUUUCGGCAAUUGGACCUAUCAACAAGGAUACUUCGGGCGCAUGGACGGUGACUGACCGCCCUCUCACCACAAACAUGAACAACUUAGCUUCUGUCGUUACAAACUAUCCAGUAGAUCAGUUUCCUAAAGCCGCGUUCACCAGCGCCCAAGCCUUCCUUCACUACCGUGCAGACGAGAAUUUGGUUCAUCUCCAAGUUCAGCGGAACCUUGCGCAUAGUGCUCAGGAUGCGGAAAAAUGCUUCAUCGCACGCCACAGAUUCAAACAAUUGAUUGAGCGAUUCUACUCUCCAUCGGAAGCCGACAACGGCCCUUUCAUACCGUAUUGCCAUGACUUCCGUCCCAAGAACAUGCUCGCUAGGUACGAGGAAGGAUCACUGAAGAUCGUAGCGGUUCUGGAUUUUGAGUAUGUUAAUACCAUGCCUGCUCAAUUCGCUUAUGACCCACCAUGGUGGCUCGCCAUGGUCAGUCCUGGCCUCAUGCUUGAGAAAUUCGCCAUGGAGGACUUUGAAGAGUUAUACGUACCACGUUUAGAACAGUUCCUCCGAGCCAUGGCGAAGGCUGAGGCGAAGAAAAAUGCAAGUCAUGGGAGAGAAGCGUUCUCUCUGACUAGUCGUAUGCGAGACUCUUGGACGUCAAAGAGGUUUUGGUUCAACUACGGAAUCAGGAAAGGCUGGAGUGUUGACGUGGUAUACUGGAGUGCCCUUCAUGAACCGGGAGAUGAGAAGCUUAGCGGGGACUUGGAAAAGGAGAUGAGUUUAAUUGCUGAAAAGAAGAUGGAGCAAUUGGCUGCGUACGAAGCCGAGUGUGACGCACGUGGGAUAGCGCAAAGCGGCUGA